GUGAGGAGCUCUACCCCGAGGAGCAGUAGACGCAGAACCUAAACCCUCUGUGUCCGGAGUUCACCCGUCUCGUCUCGUCGUUUUAUCUUUUUUAUGUUGUCAGUCAGUUAAAGAUAAGGAACGCUGUAUACAUACUCUAGAAGUGCAGUUGGAAUGAAGUUGCUGAAAUGUCCCGGUGGUGUGUGUGUGUGUGUAUCUUCUCUAUAAAAGAAGGAAAGAAAACGGACCUCACAUGGCCGCGUUCCGGCUUCCUGGCUGUCGUGGGGAAAGGGGGUGGAUUGGAGAGUACACGCGUGCUUUUUCUAUACCAGUGCUGCUUUUAAAUCAUGUGAGCAUAUGCUUGUUACUCUGUAUUAUUGAGGGGGUUAAAGUGUGGAAAAUCGAAGAUGAUGUUCUUGUUCUACUGUUAUUGAUCUAUACAAUGCGAUUGGGGGCGGCCUUCGUGGAUAGGGACCCGGUAAGUCUGCAAGCCAUUGAGCCAUUGAUUUCAUGGUCGACUUCUACCAGAGGGCACAAGCGUAGCGACCAGGAAGGCCAUACAGUUGGAGGGCUUCCGCUUCCAGAGCAUCAUCAAUGGCAUGACACAUUGAGAAAUAAUGUUAUAGGGACAGUAAAUGCCAGUCCGGACAUGCCUAGAGAUAAGCAUGACACACCGGAAACAACCAAACCCGAGAAGCAGGAUUGAAGAGAAACAAAUCCCUGGAUAACGCCCCCCAAAGUUCAGGAUGAAUUUUAAGCAAUUUCUUCGUCAACAAGACUGGGUAUGUAAUGGUGGUAGAACAUGUAAGCUGUGGCAGCCGUGCGCACUAAAAUCCUGUACAUAUAAUUGACCGCAAUGCUCGAAAGGCAUAGAAUACC